GUUCAGUCCUACCUGGAGAAUCCCACCACGUACCACCUGCAGAAGUCGCGGGACAAGAAGGUUCAAGCUUAUCUCUCCGAAACCUACGGGAACAAAUUUGCUGCCCACGUCAGCACCGUCAGCCACUCUCCCAAGCCACCCACCGCCGCGUCCCCGGGAGGUGAGGAGGUGCCACCGCGCCGCUGGGGGAGGCGAAGGGGCUGGAAAGGGCAAAGAAGCCCAUUGGCACCUUACACCUUUCCCUUUCAGUUUGAUGAGGUCAUCGAUGACAUCAUGCGCUUGGAUGACGUUUUGGGCUACAUGAACCCUGAAGUCCACAUGCCCAACACACUGCCGAUGUCCAGCAGUCACAUGAAUGUCUAUAGUGGGGACCCCCAGGUGACGGCCUCUCUCGUAGGUGUCACCAGCAGCUCCUGCCCCGCCGACCUCACCCAGAAGAGAGAGCUGACAGAUGCUGAGAGCCGAGCCCUGGCAAAAGAACGCCAGAAGAAAGACAAUCACAACCUGAUUGAGAGGCGGCGAAGGUUUAACAUCAACGACCGCAUCAAGGAGUUGGGGAUGCUGAUCCCCAAGGCCAAUGACCUGGACGUGCGCUGGAACAAAGGGACAAUCCUGAAGGCGUCUGUGGACUACAUCAAGAGGAUGCAGAAGGACUUGCAGAGGUCACGAGACCUGGAGAAUCACUCGCGGCGUCUGGAGAUGACAAAUAAGCAGCUGCUGCUCCGCAUCCAGUAGCUGGAGAUGCAGGCACGCGUCCACGGGCUGCCCACCUCCUCGCCCUCGGGCGUCAACGUGGCUGACCUGGCUCAGCAAGUGGUCAAGCAAGAAGCCAGCGGGGAUGAGGGGACGCUGGAGCCACUGCUGCCACCCCCAGACCCCGAAUCGCAGCCGCAGCCGGCACUGCCUCCACCACCCCAGUCUCCCUACCACCAGCUGGACUUUACCCACAGCCUGAGCUUUGACGACGGCUCCCGGGGCUUCCCAGACAGCCUGGAGCCUGGCCACAGCGCUUCCUUCCCAUCCCUAUCCAAGAAGGAGCUGGACUUGAUGCUGAUGCAGGACACCAUGCUGCCCCUGGCCUCCGACCCCUUGUUCUCGGCCAUGUCCCCGGAGGCCUCCAAGGCCAGCAGUCGCCGGAGCAGCUUCAGCAUGGAGGAUGCAGACAUGCUGUGA